AUGGCUGAUUCUCACAGAGGUAGAACUGUGGAUUCUUACUGUCCGUUGGCUGUUGCUGCACGCUCAUUUUCUUCUGUGCUGAAGGCGGCGCCGCCUCCGGCGCGCCGCCUCGCCGUCGCCUCCUCCCCUCCUCUCCUUCGGCCACCGCGACCAGCCACCAGGUGUCGCCACCCUCGACUCCCUCGCUCCCUCGGCCGCUGGAACCAGGCGCAGCAGCGCAAGCACGCCGCCGCUCCGUCGCCUCCGCCUCUCCUCCAUGGCAGAUCCGCCGCCGCCGUUCAACGCCACGGCCACCGCUUGGGUCGACGGGAGCCGCUGGAGCUGCUGCUGCUUCGCCGGGAGUCGACGGAUCUGGCCUUCAGCCGUUCGUCUCGCUCGGAGCUCCCGCCGCCGUUGGCUUGCACGGAGUCGCCGCCGACUGCAGCUGCUUCGCCGAGAGUCGACGGAUCUGGAGUUGCUGCAGGCUCGUCCGGUGGUCAGUGGCUCGCUGGAGGAGCGCCGCCGCCGGCCGCUGCUGUUGGCAGCAAGAGCCCGGCAGCCGCCUCUCCCGGAGCCGCCGUCGCCAUCGGAGACAACCGCGGCUCCGUCGCCGUCCGUCAACCGCCGGCGACGACGAGCCACCGAGGCUGCCCUCCCCCUGACCUCGACUCACACACGCAAACAGCCAACACAAAGGGUUUUUGUGCGAGAAUCAUAUACUGUAAUUGCUCAAAUAAAAGUUUUAACUCUUUCCUUGUAACUUCAGUUCACAAGUACAUAUUUAGUAACUGUAAAUCUAUGAAUUUGCUACUCAUUUUCUUCAUUUAUCAAAGCAUAUGUAAAUCUGAGUUAAUGAGCAUGUGUUGGUAUUCUGGAGUUGAUGUAUACAAUUGAAGGAUAUUAUAAUAUAUAAAUUAGAAAUAUAAA